UAAACGUUAAAACGUGACGUGAUUGGAGGUUAUGGUUAGAUUGAAUUACAGUUCAAGAUUAGGAAUGAGCUAGUCUUCGUAUUUAAAUUCUUUUGUCGUCUGUCGGCGUUUAAUAAUCCAAUUAAUUCAGUCCCACUUUUGCAUCGUUCCAUCCAAUUGGUAUAAUGAUAGAGCGCUACCGGCAGGUGAUGAGGCUAGUAAGCGAACAAGUGAAGAGAUAUGAUGGUGUGCUUCACAAUGCAAAGGGGGUUGUAGAAAAUGCCUCGGAAAAAGCGCAGAGCAAACUCGCCAGUGCGCAGAGCAUCGCGACCGAAAAAUAUAACAUCGUUGCGAAAAAACUUAACAACCAGUCCAUCAUAAUACAAGAUUUAAAUGCUAAGGCAUUAGAAACAAACGUACCGUUGCCAGGAAAAAUCGUUAAAUUGUGGCAAUGGUACAACCAGUUAAUAGGAAUGGAUAUAGUUGAAAAAACCAGAAGGCAAGUGGUUAUCCUUCAGGAUAAACUAUUCCAAUGUCAUGACAACAGGAGAAUUUUGAAUACAGAAUUGACAGCACUCACUUAUAAACUGCAAGAGAUCUAUGCGGAAUUAGUUCAAACGAAACGAGAUGAUCCCAAGUACGUGCAAUUGACAAUAGUAGAACACAAGUCUUUACAGGAACAAAAAAAACUCAUUAAUCAGCUGGCAUUAUCUGAGAAUGAAGAGAGGGAUAAUUUCAUGCAGUUGGCAACUGCGAUAAAAGAUUAUCAUAUUAGUCAAAACUUAAAUGCACAGAAAUAUAAGUAUUUAUCUAUUAUCGCUUCUGCCAUAUUAGCAAUUGUAUCAUUAAUCGGUUCAAUGAUACUUAAUAACAAAAGGAUAUUAGAUGUACGGAACACGAUGAAGACAGCACAAGAAAAGAAUGAAUCAUUAUUUCAAAAGAAUAUGCACGAACUAUCGGAUAUUAAGAAAAUAUUGCAGUCCUUUAAUACCAAGUUGGCAACAUCGAAAAAACAAGAAAGCGCAAUAGAUUUAACUAAAGAAACUAGUAAAUCUAAUAUGUCUAAUAUUCUUGUAUCUUCUGCCAAGUAUUCAGCAAAUUUGUUGAUUUCAGGAUUAAGUUAUGUUAAGAAAGGUAUUUAUGCAUGUGGGUCAUAUAUUUUUUACAAAUAACACAGUGUAUAUACAUCAUAAAA